CCCACAGAGUUCCUCCUCCUGACAUUCGCAGACACACGCGAGCUGCAGCUCCUGCACUUUGGGCUCUUCCUGGGCAUCUACCUGGCUGCCCUCCUGGGCAACGGCCUCAUCCUCACAGCCAUAGCCUGCGACCACCACCUCCACACCCCCAUGUACUUCUUCCUCCUCAACCUCACCCUCCUCGACCUGGGAUCCAUCUCCACCACUGUUCCCAAAGCCAUGGCCAAUUCCCUGUGGGACACCAGGACCAUCUCCUACUCGGAAUGUGCUAUACAAGUUUUAUUCUUUUUCUUUUUCAUCUCAUCAGAAUUUUCUCUUCUCAUCAUCAUGGCCUAUGAUCGCUACAUUGCCAUCUGCAAACCCCUGCACUACGGGACAAUAAUGGACAGCAGAACUUGUGUCAACAUGGCAGCAGCUGCCUGGGGCAGUGGCUUUCUCUAUGCUGUGCUGCACACUGCCAAUACCUUUUCCCUCCCCCUCUGCCAAGGCAAUGUCCUGGACCAGUUCUUCUGUGAAAUUCCCCAGAUCCUCAAGCUCUCCUGCUCAGAUGCCUACCUCAAAGAAGUUGGGCUUAUUGUGCCUAGUGUGUGUUUAGCCUUUGUGUGUUUUGUUUUCCUUGUGCUUUCUUACAUGCAGAUCUUCAGGGCCGUGCUGAGGAUCCCCUCACAGCAGGGCCGGCACAAAGCUUUUUCCACAUGUCUCCCUCACCUGGCUGUGGUCUCCCUGUUCAUCAGCACUGCUUUUUUUGCCUACCUGAAACCCCCCUCUAUGUCCUUCUCCUCCCUUAAUCUUGUGCUGGCAGUUCUGUACUCGGUGGUGCCUCCAGCAGUGAACCCCCUCAUCUACAGCAUGAGGAAUCAGGAGCUGAAGGAAGCCAUGUGGAAAGUGAUGAAUGGAGGUUUUUCAGAAGGAAUAAACUGCCUGUGUUCUUAA